AGGGCGCGGGGCGGGGAAGCGCGGCCCCGGGCGGGAAACGAAAGCGAAAGCGGGCAGCGGCAGGCGUCAUGGCGGCGGCGCUGCUGGUGCGGCUCUGCCCCGCGCCCGACGCCAGCGAGAAGCCCCUGCUCAAGCUCCAGAGCUACUUCCAGUCAGGGAAGCGGUCGGGGGGCGGCGAGUGCGAGGUGCAGACGGGCCCCGAGCCCGGCACCUACUGGGUGCGCUUCCAGCAGGAGCGAGAUAAGAGGAGCGUGGUGUCGCGCACAGAUCACACCUUGGAGAUCGGAGCCAGGCACCUGAAGAUAAUCAUCGAGCAGGGAGAAGGGGACCCGAGCGAGGGCCGAGUGACAGAGCAGCCUUCCCCCAGCGGCCCCGUCCGUUCCAGCUGUCCCCCACCUCAGCAGGAGCAGCAGGCGGCCAGAGGCCAUGGGGGCACAGCAAGAGAAGUCAUCACCAAAAAGAUAUUUCUUACAGUAUCUGCAACUUUGAAUACCAGUAUGUUCACUGAACAGCAGAGGGAGAAAAUUACCAUUGUAUGUCCAAAUUUAAAAAGAGAAGGAAAUCCUAAUAUUGAUGGCUCUGAGAAAUUGACGGGAGAUUUUACAGAUAUUGAAAAAGCUUAUCGCUACUUCAAGGAUAUCCUUGCAGGCAAUGACCCAAAACAUGAUUUUUCACAUUCUGAAAGUGAAAAUGAUUUGAAAGAUGAAAAUGUUCUGAAUACUGAAGAAAUGAAUGAGCUUACAGUUCUGUCAGCUCUCUAUGAAUAUUUCAUUCACACCUGCAAACAACAAAUCAAAGUACUACGUGAACGUUUUGGAGUGUGUAUAAGAAGUAAAGAUAAUGACAAUGGAACCACAUCAGUAUGUCUCACUUCUGAUAAAAGCCCUUCAUCAAUACAAGAAGCUAAUGAUUUUUUUAUCAGAACUUUUCAGAAAAGUGUAGAAGAUCUGAAACAGGAAAAAAUUCCUAUAACAAACAGUGACACAUUAAAUGAGACAAUAAUGAAAUUAAAUGCUAGGUUUAGUAAUCUUCUUGCCAAAGGGGAAGGGAAUCAGCUGCUACUCCGUGGUCCAGCGAGUGUGAUUUUACUUGCCAAAACGUUUCUAGCAGAAGAAGCUAAGAACAGCCAAGCUGAAAAGAAUAUGAAAAUAUCAUCUGAACUAUACAAGUACAGGAAUGGAAUUGAAGUUGAUGCUUCUCUGUUUAAACUGUUGGAAACAAAGAUAAGCAAAGAAAUUGAAGGCAUUAAAGACAAAUUUGAUACAGUAACAGAAAUGAGAGUCAGUUCAUGUAGCCAGAAGAUGCUCAUAGUAUUUAGGCCUAGGAACAAAACUACUGAUAUGUCUUCACAUGCUACUGAAAGUUUCAUCAAUGCAUUUCAGAAUGCCUUUGCAAUGUUAAGAGAAAAACACAUCAGCUUGAAACUUUCAGAAGGUCAGAAUAGAAAAUUAGAUACGCUGUUUAAUGGAAAACGAUUGGAAGAUCUGCAUGUAAAACUUACAAAGAAGGAAGACAAAAUCAUCUUAAGUGGUUUACCAGACAAUCUUUAUGUUGCUGAAAAUCUUAUUGUAAACCUUCUUAACACUGAAGACUCACCACAAACUAAAAAUAGACCACCAGUGUCCUCUGAUCUCAGCUAUCAAGCUACAGGAGCAUCUGGGAAGAAACACAAUGGCAGGCAAAAGAAUAAUGUUUCUUCUGAAGGACAGGCUAAGGCAAAGACAGAAAACGACAAAGAUAUGUGUCCAAUUUGCAUGGAGAGAAUUAUUGAUAAAGAAAUACUGAAAAAGUGCAAUCACGUAUUUUGCAAAGAUUGCAUCACCCAGGCCAUGUCUUACAAGCAAACUUGUCCUAUUUGUAACACCUUCUAUGGACCCAUGAAAGGAGACCAACCAGAGGGAAUAAUGUCAACUAGAACACUGCUGUCAUCUCUCCCUGGUUAUCCCAGAUGUGGUACUAUAGAGAUUAAAUAUUACAUGCACGGUGGUAUUCAAACUAGGAAUCAUCCAAACCCAGGGAAACCUUACAGUGCAACUUCUCGAACAGCAUAUUUACCUGACAAUAAGGAAGGGCAAGAAAUUCUGCAGCUCCUCAAAAGAGCCUUUAACCAAAAAUUGAUUUUCACAGUGGGUCAGUCUCGUACUACUGGCGCAAAAGAUGUUAUCACAUGGAAUGAUAUUCACCACAAAACUUCCAUGACUGGAGGACCUACCAAUUUUGGUUACCCUGAUCCUGAUUACCUGCAGCGAGUUCGAUCAGAACUGAAAGCAAGAGGAAUUGAAUAAAGAAAUUUAUCAGCUGUCAACUCUUAAGUGUAAUAACUGGACAUGUAGCAGUUACUUUACUAUUCAAGCACUAAGGAGACAGGAGUUACUUUGUUCAGCUGCUGUACUUAAAUCACUUGCUGUUCAUGGUCAGUUAAGAAAAGUAAUCUUUUUUCAUCAAAUGGUAUGUGUUUGGUUUACACAUCAUUUACUUACAAUACUUAUAAUUUAAUACUUAUAAUACUUACCAUUUACUUAUAUAAUCAUGCUUCUCUGUAUGUGUAAUUUUUACAGAAUUUGGGUCUUGUGAGUGCAGCGUCAGUACUUGUUUACUUGACGAGUAUCAAGUUGUGUCUCUUAUUUUAACAGUGAAUCUGAUCAGCGCCUUUUUCCCACAAGUCUUCAGUCUGACCACGAAAACUGUUAGAUCCACUACUAGCUUUUAUUCGAUCAAAAAAACUUCCUUUAGCUUCGUGUGUUUACAGCUGUCAUCAUGGGUAGCAUCAUGUAACCCAUCUGCUGGAAAAUUUUUAUGCAGCUAUAGUAUCAGCUGUGAUCUUUCGCUUCUUUUCAUGACGGAACUGUCACUAGUGGUUUGGGUUUUAGACAUGAAAUUAGUGGGGUAAUGUAUGAGGGGGUAUGUGGAUGGUGCUGUAUCUUUAAUCCUGCGGAAGUGCUGAAUGCUCAGAGCCACGUUGGAGGAAAUGGAAAGCAACGAUGCCUGUGGCCAUCUCUGAUCAUGGGGUCCUGGCUCCGCCUUCCAUCAUGUUUAAGCUUAAAUACAGCUUUUCACUCAGUUUUGCAACUGUAAAGUUAUGUUCUUCCCGUUGCUUCCAAUAUAUGGCUUAAACUGUAUCAUAAAGAUACUUUGUUGCUACUCUGCACUAAAUAGCCUGCUAAUUACCUUUGUGGUGGUGGAAACUAAUAUCUUUCACUUAGUGCAGCCGUAAUAUUUAGUGAGUUAAACCAUUUCCUUUAGGCUGUUGAAUAUAAUAAAUAAAAUAUAAAAUACCAUCUGUA